CAGCCCUCGCGGCGGCGGCGGCGGCGGCGGCCGCAGACAUGGACUUGCCCGGCGAGUGCGCCGCCGAGCCGCCGGCCGCCGAGCCGCCGUCGGGCCGGCUCAACAAGGCGGCAUUCAAGCUGUUCAGGCGCAGGAAGGCGGGGGGCGCCAUGCCCAGCAUCUUCGGGGUCCGGAACAAAGGCGACGGGAAAGGCGCGGGCGCCGCGGCGGGCUUGGCGCGGAGCAGGACCCACGACGGUCUGGCCGAGCUGGCGGUGCUGGAGGGCGGCCGCCGGGAGGAGCCGCGCCCCGGGGCCCCCCGCGACCCCGCCGGCCCGGUGGCCAAGUCGCACAGCUUCCUCUCGCUGCUGCGGAGGAGCGGGCGAGCCGAGCCGGGCAGCGCGGAGCCGGCGGGGGCGGGCCCGGCGGCGGGCAGACAAAAGCGGGGGCUCCGCGGGCUCCUCAGCGGCAUGCGCUGGCCGCGCAAGGACAAGCGCGCCCGGGAGGCGGCGGCGGCGGUGGCGGCGGUGGCGGGGGCCCCGGGCCGCGGCCCGCCGGGCUCGCUCAGCGCCAGCCUGGAGUGUGUGCAGGAGGAGCCCGCGCCGCCCGCCACCCCCAGCCAGGACGCGCCGGACCCUGCAGGCUGUGGAGAUAUAAUUGCAGACCCCGACGAGGAGGCCGGGCCCAGCUGUGACAAGCAUGGUCCCGGGCCUGGGAAGCCGGUGCUCUCUCCAAAGCCCCCCGGUGUGGUGGCCUACCAAGGAGGCGGGGAGGAGAUGGCCAGCCCAGACGGGGUGGAUGACACCUGCCUCCAGGACUUCUGGGACAUGCUUUCCCAGGCGGAGGACCGAGGACCAGGGUCCCCGGAGGGCGAGGCGGUCCAGGCGACAGCGGCCCCGGAGCCCAAGGGACCCCCGGAGUCCGGCCGAGACGCCCGCUGCGCAGAGGUUGUCAAGGACACAUCAUCAGUCAAGCGCAGGCGGCUCCACCGCAUCCCCAUCGAGCUGCCCCCUAAGGAGGAGCCCAAGCCCUCCGGGAAGGAGCCUCCAGAAGGUGUCCCCAACAGUGACGAGGGCUACUGGGACUCCACCACGCCCGGCCCUGAGGAAGAAGGCUCCAGCAACGGUGGGAAAAAGGGGUCGCUCCCCCGGGACAGCUGCAGCGGGGACUUGCUCUACGACCUGGACUCUGACCCGGAUGCCAGCCCCGCGGCCCCUCCCGCUGGCGAGGACACGCCCCCCUGCCAGUCCCGGCUGAAGCCAGUGUCUCCAGUCUCCAUCACCUGCCCCCUGCGCACCCCAGGCAGCCUGCUGAAGGACUCCAAGAUCCCCAUCAGCAUCAAGCACCUGGCCCACCUGCCGGUGAGCCAGCCCGCGGUGUCUCAGCCGCCAGCCAGGAGUGAGGUUCCCAAAACGAAAAUCCCCGUGUCCAAAGUGUUGGUCCGCAGGGUCAGCAGCCGAGGCCUGGCGGGCACCACCCUCCGGGCAGCGGCCUGCCACGAGGGUGCCAAAAAGUUGUGAGGCCUUGUGAGGGGCGGCGGUGAUGGGCCAUAGAGGCCAGGAGGACGCCUUGGAGACUCAGCGUUGCUUCCCCUACGGGCAGAUGAGGAUUGGUUCUCUGACCACUGACUGCACUCACAGCCGUCUUGUCUUUGUGCAGUCAACAGGACCAAGGGAUACUGCCCAAGAUCAAAGUCCCUGAGAAUUCUUUUCAAGCACUUUUUUUCUUUCUUCCUUUUAAAACCUUUUUUUUAAAAAACAAAAACCUUGUUUUCUUUUUCUCUUGAAUAUACUGAACAUUCAGAAGUCACCUUUACUUGCCUUUGCAGAAAGGACUUCACCAAACCAAGGAAGCAUCUACCAUGCUGUUUGGCUGUCUGUGCCAGAGUCCAGGCUGCCUAGAGGAACCCGUGAGAACCAGAGGACUUCUCUUCCACCACAUUUUCCCUUUCUGUCUUUCCAGAAAGAAAAAAGAAAAACAAAACAAAACAAAAAAACCCUUUGCUGUAUCACUGUGUGGGAAACGCCUAUAGAGGUGAAAGAGCCAAGUAUUUACCUGUGGAGAGAGCUUCUAGAAUUCUUGCCUACUUUCAGUGUGCAAAUAGGUAAAUAUCCACUAGGCCUGUACAACAGAGUUUUGGUUUGACUAGGGGGGAGGGAGAAAUAAAAAGCUCAGUAGUACAGCAGGUCUUUUCUUUCAUCCAGUGCAGAAAUUAGGUUCAGGGAAAUAUUUCACAAAAUGCCAACAACUCGGUAUUCCAGCAGUUGUGACCAGUAACCUUUUCACAUGGGGAUGCGCCUUUUAUAGUUAUCAUUUUAUGUCAGUGGCCUCCAGUUUAAAAAUCAGGUUUUAUGAGCAGACAUGAGGACUGUCCCCAAACCACUGAUGUUCUGUUAUGGACUAUACCCAGAAUCAAUCCUAUUUAUGCUUUCUCUGGUGCAGAAAACAAAACAUCUAUUGUGUUGAUGGCUCAGAGCAACAAUUCAUUCUGCUUGAUCUCUUUUAAGAAUCUGUGUGUUACCCAUCCCCAGUCCUUGUUUUGAGAGAUUUUACCUUGCUUUUACAAAUUCUGGGUUUAAACACUGCUCAUUUCAAAAUGAGGAGCACAAAGAAAAAUAGUUUUUUUGUUUUCUUCAUGUCAUUUGAUUUUUGCUUUCUAGAUUUGUUAGAGACAGACACCUGGCAUGCUUAAGCAUCAUAAACACAUUUUAUCAGGCCUUUUUUUUUGAAAGAUGGUUUACUUAUGUGUUCUGUUAUCUUAGACUAGACAUGUAUUUCAGGCUUAUUCAAAGAGGGUUUUCAUAUGCCUAGGUAGUAGGACUGAUAUUUUGAAGUUCCUGAAAUGCUGUUAAGCAUCUAAUGGUUAUGUAAUACCCUCUUUAAAAUGCACUUCAGUGUACUUCAUCUCCAAAGCCAGAGCUACUACUCAAAGGUGUUUCAUGCUAUCAGAAAGAUUAGUCAAGUAUAACAUUUAUAUAAUUGACAUAAACACAUCUGUAGAAUCCAUUUCUCAGAGAAAUUACCUCAAUAAUGAGUUCGUGUUUCAUGCUUUUAAAGUUUGAUUAGUUUGACAAGGGGAAGACUAGGGCAAAUUAAAUAUAGGAGAUUCUAUUUUCACAAUUAAAAGAAAUGGAGAAAAUAAAAUGGAUAUCAAGAUAAAAAGUCUUGAAUUUGUAGCACAAAGCAGGCUAUUCCCUAUUUUGAAUGUGCAGUGAUUCCAGUGGAGAAUGUGGUAGAGAUUUGUUGGGUUUCCUUAUCUGUCAGAUUACCAGCCUCUACUGCAAUCAAUGUACCAGACCCAUUCAUGUUAUUUCAAAAUAAUGCUUUAAUAUUUAAUCGCCUUGUGUGUAUAGAUGAAGCCCUCUACUCAGGCAUAGCCUUAAGUAUUCUGAAUACAACACCAUGAAUUCAUAUAGCAGCUUACAUGUGCCAUGCACUCAACUGUGCCACUCAACUGCACAACAUAACAAAGGGCCCUACUGUAAACUCAGAUAUAUUUUUAGAAAUUGUCCAGAAAAAAGGAUUAAAAUUUGAUUUAACACUGAUAGUGCUAUUUAAACUCAAAAUACAUUUAUUUUCCUCCCCUAGGGAAUGAAAAAGGCAUAAAUCUUACUCCUAAAACAAAGGAGCUUUAUUUUUUUUCUUCUAGUAUUUUUCUUGCAAGGGUUAUAUUCUCUUCAUGAGUUCAUGGAAGAGUUAUAUUUGUCCAGUUGUAUAGGAGAGUUAAGAGUAGCCUGGAAUACUGAUGAGAAUAUUGUGAUAGUAAAGGCAACUUAAUUUUCUCUUUUGAAAGCUCUGGAACAAACUAUUUUUAUCUUCUCGAUUAGGGUAUUAUUCUGCAUUUAUACCACUAUGCUAUGGCUUCAUUUUAUGAGUAAAGGAAAAUGCAAAGUUUACCUUCCCUUUGCCUCUUAUUUAAUCAGUGAUAUAAUAUUGAAAAGGUUUUCUUUAAGAUUCUUUUUGCCAUGUACUUCCUUUUCCUCCCUCUGUAUCUUUAAGAAUUCUACCCAGACCAGUCAAAUGAAAGAUUUAGGCAAUGAAUUACAUGUCUUCAAUUAUUUGAUAGGGGAUCAGUGCCAAUGCAGGAAGAGUGUGUUAACCUCAUCCCAGUCAUAGACAAAAGGGAUCUUAGGUUUUGUUUGUUUGUUUUUGCCAUAGGUUACUUUGUCUCAUGCAUAUUCAUGGAGAUUGCUUUUUAUCAUUUAAAUAGAUUUGCUUUCCAGUUGUUGCAAGUCUGUGUUAUUCAAUUUGGCCAUGUUUGCUGGUUUUCAAGGAAGGGAUUGGAUCUGAAAUAUGGAUUGGAGAUGAGAUACACACCUUUCCUGUAAGCAUGAUUCUGGGGUACUUGGUUGAUUAUCUUUAGUCAGAGAUUAUCUAAAUUGGAAAAAAUAAAGAGUCAAAUCAG